AUGGCCUCAGGGACUGGAGGGAGCUGGAGCCAUCCCCCAGCACAGACUGCAGCCCCGAUGCCCUGGGUGACCAUUCUGCAGCCCCUCCCGUGGACCAUCCCACCUCCAUCCCCGCAGCCAGGCCGCGUGAAGGAAGACCUGCUGGAGCUGAUGAUGCUACAGAACGUUCAGAUGAACCAGCUGUUUCUGAGUGGCCAGGUGGCAGCAGCGCUCAACCAGGGGCUUUCCUGGACUUACCCACAGGUCUCCCUGGAGGUUCAACAGGCGGAGGAGACUGCAGCUCAGGAGGAGGCACCUCUGGUUUUCCACCACCACUAUCUUCCCUGCCCGAUGCCUACCCUGGGCCCCCUGCUUCCCUGGCCAGGCCCUCUUCUUUCCCCUCCCCUACACCAGCCCCACGUGCAGGAUUCAGCUGUGAUUCAGCACCACCCUCCUGCGCCUGGAAAAAGGAGGGUGAGAGCGGUGCCCCCACCCCCACCCCCCAGUGCCACGGGAACUGUGGGUGCAGAUGUACCUCCAGCUUCAGACUACUAUGAUGCGGAGAGCCUAUAA